GCAGUGGGACACACCUACAACAAGGUAGAUCACUUUUCAUGACUGCAUUAGAGAAUGCCAUAAAUCUGAAUUAUUUUAAGAGCUUUAUUUUGGAAAGCACCUUUUGAAGAGUGGGAAAGACAGAAAUGAACACAGUGAGUGGGGCACUGGAGGAUGAGGGAGAGGGAGGGGAAGAGUGUGUGUGUUUGAGGGAGAGUGUGAGGGAGGGAGAGUGAAAAGGAGGGAGGGAGAAAUAUAAGAGACACGGCAAUAGAGGGGAAGGUAAUACAGCGGAUAACUUCCCUGUCAGGCUCACCAUGUUUCUGCUGCAGACUGUGACUGUUAUUUCUCUGACUGUCGUUCUCCUGGACGCAGUGGAAGGUGAUGGGGUACAGAUGCAGAGAGACGUUCAGUGCUGUAUGCAGUACUCCCAGGGGAACGUGCGCACCAAAGACGUGCUGAGGUUUGAAGUGCAGACGGAGGGGCCAGACUGCAGCAUACAAGCCAUCAUACUGUACACCAAGAAGGCGGUGAAGUGUGCUGACCCCAGAAAUAGAAGGGUCAAGAGGUUACUGAGGAAGCUGCUCCAGAGGCAGAGGACCAAAGCACAUAGAACCAUGUGGCUCCACCCUCAUGGCAACCUGCCAGUCAUGUCGGAGGAUAAGAAGGAUGGGUGGGAUGCCCUCCAUGUGGAAUGAGUGUGAGGUUGCUGUUACCACAGAAGGAGAAUUAUUGUCAUAGGCCAAGUAAACUUCCAGCGGCUUCUCAUCCUAACUCAGCCAAGCUUGCUGACUCUCCAGUCGUCUCGUGUCACUAUCUAUCUGGCUGGGAGUGUGUAGUGGCUGAGCUGUCAUCGCCAUACAUUGCGGAGUCCAUGAGAGGUUUUGAUAUAUAGCUAAAUGUCUUUUACACACUGUCGCUAACUAUGCCAAAGUAUUUGCCAAGUAUUUCUGAUUACUCUUUAUUCCGAGAAACCGGUCUUCACCAUCUAUGUAUGGCUGUUCAACUUCAUAGACGGCUUGUUCUCGCCUGAAACACAAUGUUAUUUAGAAAAAUGCACUGUAUGUUUAAACACAUCUUCAGUGGAUCUUUUAUAAAUAAAUUAACCUGAAAGAGUUA